CUAUGUACUUGCUAAUUUUAAAGCCAGAGAGGGAAGGAAGCACGACAGCAAAGUUUCCUUCGCUGGGGCCACCCCCGGCCACCCCCCCGAGAAAAAAACCGAAGCAGCUCGUCUUGGGAAAAGCUGGGAAUAAACAAGACGUGGAAAAGAUGGCGCACAACGACACGCACCCGCUUUUGGAAAUACUGCAGUCUUUCGACACGGGUGACAUGAUCCUUGCCUUCUGUCUCUCCAUCCUGGUGGGUCUCCUGCUGGGUGCUCUGGUCUACGUCCUGCUGACUUGGGCAUCCCGGCGCCGAGCCACCGCCCGCAUCACCCGACGCACCAAGAAGACGAGGAAGAAACCCUCAGCAUCCCGAAUCCCGACUGACGGCCAGUUGGGUCUCUACCGCAGCACGUUCCUCAACGUGUACCGGCAACCUUCCCUGGAGCCCGUGGGCCCUCUGGGGAGCAAACCGGGACCGGAGACCUCCACGUUCCGCCCGGCGCCCAGGAAAGGAAGCAGCGGAACGGCCACGGGUGACGACGCGCAGGUCCAAAUACCAGAGGACACCGUGGCGUCUGAUUCGGAAUCAUUGGUGCCCAACAAGCGGCAUUCCUUCUGGUUGGGGGGGAACGGACUGAAGGGGUUCCUGCCCUCACAGACCCCGCCUCCCGCGUACAACAGCAUCAUCCACGCCUUCCAAGAGUCCUGCACUUGAAACCGCCAACUCGUCGUUUGUGGACGCUAGCCGAGGCAUCACGCUCGUCAUUUGCGGGAAGCUUCAAAAGUUUUGGGACGGCUGUAGCCUGUCACACGUGGUGGCGGGGGAGGAAAUGGCGGCAGGCUUUACUUCUUCUACGUGUGCGACAAAAACUUCCUCAAUUUGCAUUGGUGGACAAUGGCUCUCGCUGUGGUUGGCAGGAGUCCCAAAAUUUUAGAAAUGGAUUUAAAUCCUUUUGGAGACUCUUGGAUUAAUUAAUUAAUUAAUUAAUCUCAGUUAACCGGGGGUUGGGGGGUCACUUUUUUCACACAGGGAAUUUUUUUUCUGC